AUGGUUGAGAAUUUGAACGGCAAGAGUGACGGGGAAAGGCCUUGGGAAAGGCUUUCUAAUACUCCUGAACUUGACACCUGGGAGGCCGAUGCGAUUCCUAGUUCAUUCGGUAUGAAUUGGCAAGGGGCUGAUGAGGGAUCAUCUCCUGGCGUCUGGAAUACUGGCGCUUCCGGUCAUGAUCUCUCUGAGCCCAGCUGUAUCAACCCACAGCGGCUCAUCGCGGGGGCAGCGGGAACGGACAAUCCUCCCCAAGUUGUUCUAGAUCACACUUCGGUGGCUGGGGAGUCAUUGCUUCCGCUCCAAUACCCCGAAAGCCAGCCAUCCGCAACCGACGAAGACGAUUCCAUCUUCUCCUCUACUGACGCUGACGGCUCCGUGGAACGGAAGUUCAAGUUGUUGCCCAUGCCGAAGUUGGGGAAACAUGAAUUCGCCAUUGGCAACCGAUUCUACUGCCCUUGGUCGGUUUGGAAGCCUCAUGAAGAAAUCUGCUUCGAAUCAUUCGACACAGCGGAUGCCAGAAGUUCACGCGAGCGGACAAUCUUCGUCGACACCAGAAAAGGGAACAUAAGCAAGUCAAUUGAACUGCAAAGAUUUCAGGGAUAG